AUGGCUCUUCUGCUACCAACACAGCUCAUGCCCUACUAUCGACUGGCCAGUGAAGGCUUCAGUCUCGACACCGUGAGUUACGGUUUCAGCCCAGGCUCAAGCUCUGGAGCUGGCUAUGGCUCAGGCUCAAGCUCUGGAGCUGGCUAUGGCUCAGGCUCAAGCUCUGGAGCUGGCUAUGGCUCAGGCUCAAGUUAUGGCUCAGGCUCUGGCUCGGGCUCAAGCUCUGGCUCAAGCUCUGGCUCGGGCUCAAGCUCUGGCCCACCCGACUGUUCACGCUACGGCCCGGACAAUCCCUAUACGGGAUCCGGCCCGGCCACACCCGAGGGGGGCUCAAGCUAUGGCCCAGGGUUUUGUACAGGAAAGGGCGUCGGUAGCGGUUCACGGAACAGCUCGGCAAGUGGCUACGGACACAACUAUGCAUCUACCAGCACUUGGACGUUUGCUGACGGUAUCAAAGCUCCGCUUGCCGUGAGUGCCCUUGGGCUCGCUGUUGCCGUCUUGCUAUUCCUUUUUUCUCCUGCUCUUGCUCUGUACGCUUGGAGGGAGCGCAGCUCCGAGGCAGCAGUGCCUCGAUGGCUAAAUCGUACCAUGCUUGGCCUCGCCUUCAUUGGCUUUGCUACGGCCAUUGCUAUGUUUGGUGUCUAUGGUUAUUACCAUUUCUUGGGCGGCGAGCCUGCUGCUGAAGCCACUAUGUUGCUCUUGGCCGCCAUCACUGGGAUUGCAGCAACUCUUGUCCCCCAUCUGCCUGCCAAAUGGUUCGAAAAGCACAAGACAGGAGAAAACAAAUUCCAAGUCAAAGAGAUCAAGAAUGACCACAUUGCUGCUUCGGAGCACGCCUAA